UGGUUCUGGCGCUGCUGCUGGCGCUGCCGCCGGCCCUGCUGGGGCUGCUGCUGUGGCUCCCGGCGCAGGCCAAGCGCCGGCCCUUCGUCCACCAGCACGCGGCCGCCGCGGCCACGGCCGAGCCCUGGGACCCGCGGCGAGCCCGCGGCUUCACCUUCCUGACGGCCAACGUGUGCCUGCUGCCCAGCGGGCUGGCCCGCUUCAGCAACCUGGGCGACACGCGGCGGCGCGCGGCCCGCAUCGGCCAGCUCCUGGCGCCCGGGGCGCCGGCGGAACCUUCCGGACACCGCCGCGGGCUGCUGGAGCCGCGGCAGGGCCGGGGAGGGGGCUACGGGGGCACGCUCAGCACCGCGGCGCGGGGGCACCCGGGCGGAGAUUGCGGGGUGGACCCAUGGAUGGCGGCCAGGAUGGAGGAGACAGCGGCCAGCACGAUGGCGUGGAUGGAGAUGCCGACGGACAACGCAGCACCGAUGACCAGCUCAACAUUGAUGACCAACCCGACACCGGUGACCACCCCAACAUCAAUGGCCAACCCAACACUAAUGACCAACCCAACACCGAUGGCCAACCCAUCAUCAAUGACCAACCCAACACUAAUGGCCAACCCAACACUGAUGACCAACUCAAUGUUGAUGACCAACCCAACGCCGAUGGCCAACCCACCAUCAAUGUCCAACCCAACGCCGAUGACCAGCCCUUGGCCAGCCGUUGACUCGGUGCCAACGCUGGAGUCGCCGAUGACCAACCCAACCCUGGGAGCUGCUCCCUCACCAGCGACCAGCCCGGGGCCGGAGGGGCCCAUCCCGCUGCCGGACCCGAUGCCCCCGGUGCUGACCGCCCACAUCCCGCCGGACACCGACUUCGUGUGCCUGCAGGAGGUGUUCGAUGCCGCCGCGGCCACCGCCCUGCGCCGGCAGCUGGGCCAGCGCUUCGCGCACGUGCUGUGGGGGGUGGGCCCGGGGGGGCUGCGCUGCGGCCGGCUGCGGGUGCUGGGCAGCGGGCUGCUCCUGGCCAGCCGCUUCCCGCUGCUGGCCGCGCGCUUCCAGCCCUUCCCCAACGCCGCCCGCGAGGACGCGCUGGCCAACAAGGGGCUGCUGGCGGCACAGGUGCUGUUGGGGACGGGGCAAGGCCGACGCGUCGUGGGGUACCUGGGCUGCACCCACCUGCAGGCGCCCGCGGCCGAUGCCACCAUCCGUGACAAGCAGCUGUCCCUGGUGCUCCGGUGGCUCUGGGAGUUCCGGCAGGAGCAGGACCGGCCUGGGGACCUGGUGGCCUUCGAUGUCCUCUGCGGGGACCUCAACUUCGACAACUGCUCCCGGGGUGACAUCCAGAACCGGAGGCACGCGCUGUUCAAGGAGUUCUGGGACCCCGCGCGCCGCGACUCGGGCCAGGACCAGCCCUGGGCCAUCGGGACGCUGCUCGAUUACCUCAAGAUCUACGAGGAGCCCGUGUCCACCCCUGAGAAGAUGAGGAGGACGCUGACGCUGUCCGAGCCGUGGGGACGCGAGGUGACCCCCCUGUGA